AUGAAAUCGGCGCCGGUCGCCAUCGGGGACCGCCGAGCCCCGAUGGAAGGUGGCGGCUUAUUUUGGGGGGCGGGGGCGUCUCGACCGGGUUUUAUUGUACCCUGUGAAAACGCCCACGCCGUGAACAACUUGGGUUCACUUGCAAAUGACAGCCCUUCCAAGCACAAUGGCGAGAACUCGACGAAGCGAGCGAGAACUUCAUACACUUCCGCCCAGUUGGUGGAAUUAGAGAAGGAAUUUCACUUCAACCGGUACUUGUGCAAGCCUAGAAGAUUAGAGAUGGCUGCUGAGCUGGAUUUGACAGAGAGACAGAUUAAAAUUUGGUUUCAAAAUCGACGAAUGAAGUUUAAGAAAGCCGUGCAAUCCGGGAAGUCAUCGCCGAGCACAGGACUCGUGAACAGCAACAGUCCCCAACCAGCUUCUGGAGAAAAAAUUGGACCCUUCGUGGAGGUGUGCAAGAGCACCAAGUUCUUCAAAAUCACGCGUUUAAAUUUUGUGAUCCUCAAAUUGAGUCAAAGGAAAGCCUAA